GAGGAGGCCGCCCUUGUGACGUCAGCGGGCCAAGGCGGAAGAAGAGACGAGAGGAAGCAACAAGACAUCGAAGGGAGGCUUAAGGCUGCUGCUGCUGGUUGCAGGCCCACCCAUUCUCUUCCACCAUGGAUCUACUCUUUGGACGGCGGAAGACCCCAGAAGAGAUGCUCCGGCAAAAUCAGAGGGCGCUGAACCGCGCCAUGCGAGAGCUGGACCGCGAGCGACAGAAGCUGGAAACCCAGGAGAAAAAGAUCAUUGCCGACAUAAAGAAGAUGGCAAAGCAGGGACAGAUGGAUGCAGUAAAGAUCAUGGCCAAAGAUCUGGUGCGGACGAGGCGUUAUGUCAAGAAGUUCAUCAUGAUGAGGGCCAACAUCCAGGCGGUGUCCCUCAAAAUACAGACCCUCAAGUCAAACAACUCCAUGGCACAGGCCAUGAAGGGCGUCACUAAAGCCAUGGCCACCAUGAACCGACAGCUGAAGCUACCCCAGAUCCAGAAGAUCAUGAUGGAGUUUGAGAAGCAGUCAGAAAUCAUGGACAUGAAGGAGGAGAUGAUGAAUGAUGCCAUUGAUGACGCCAUGGGGGAUGAGGACGACGAGGAGGAAAGUGAUGCUGUGGUCUCGCAGGUGCUGGACGAACUGGGUCUGACGUUGACGGAUGAGCUGUCUAACCUGCCUUCGACCGGCGGUUCUUUGAGUGUGGCCGGCGGCAAGAAGGCCGAGGCCUCGGCAGCUCUCGCCGAUGCAGACGCCGACCUGGAGGAGCGGUUAAAGAACUUGCGGCGGGACUAGCGGGCACGGAGCUGGGCUCCCCCCCCUUCCCUCCUUCCCAAAGCUGUGGUGUUGCUCUUUUCCCCCCCCCCCCCCAAUGUCACACCUGCUUCUGUGGCAGGUCAUAGAGCCCCCACCGGCUUCUGGGAUGGCCGCGAGCACCGACGAGGGAGGCAAAGGUGCCAGCCCCUCCGUCGUGCUUUUACGUCCCCUCUUCCUUUCUUUUCCAAAAGGAUUUUUAAUGCCACCCGACGAGGUUUCUUUCUUUUCUGUAGCUUGCUCAAAAUGCCUCCGUUCCACGUGCCUGGGUGGUUUGGAGAUUCUAAUGCGCUCUCUUCUGAAGAGAGGGCGUGGGCGACGGAACCCAUUAUGACCCCCCCCAUCUAGUUCCUGAUGUUCUUUUUUGGGGGGUGGAGAAGGGGAGCUACAGGCAGCACCUUGGCUGUUACCUCCUGCCUCUGGGAAGGCGGCAAGAGGUUUUCCAGCACUUUUCCUUGGGCUAAAGCUUUAUGUACACUACCCCCC